CACCAACAACUCAGUUUCAUGCUUAGGAUAGUCGUGAUAAUAUCCAACGAAUAAUUGAGCAUUUGUUAUUGAUAAGUUCUUCCAAUUGGUAAAAUUAAUAAGGUAGGUCACUAUAUUUCAGUAUUGAAUCGGCUGAUGCCAUUUGUUGGUCUUUGGCGUGGUUGAAGCUUGUAAAGUUGCGAGGCUGCAUACUCGCGAAACUUAAAGAAAAUUCUAGGCGAUUCUCACAACAUCGCGUACGAUCGUGAGACCAAUGGCUAUUUCUCGACAACGAGAGUAAGCAUCAUAUCGAAUAACAAUGCAUAACUCAAUUUUAGUCGAACCAUCGAUUCUCUUCCAGAUGGCUUUGGAUCGUUCCAAUGAUGAUUCAAUCGUGACUCCAUAGGAAUCUGAUGAAGAUUGUAGAAUAUACUCGACUCAUGACUUUGCAGGACUUCUCAAUUAUUUAAGGAGUCUUAGACAUCGCAAGAGUCUACUUCUCUCUUUCACCAGAUCAGACACAAAUCAGAACACAAUAACAAACGCAUACAAACAAAACAUUCUAUCUACGCAAAUCUCAUACUCGCGCUCUUACAAGAGUAAAUCCUCAAGACUCAUCAACGCUCUAAACAUUUGGAAUACUUUAUAUAUAUAAUACUUCAAACCAAUUACCACUACUACAAGUUCACUUCAAGAACAACUUCCACACAACAACAACAUUCAAAAUGUCGAUGUUCGGACCUCGAUUCUACUCUUCCGCUGAGCCCAACUUCACCGGCCUAUUCCGUCUAAUCGACGACUUCGACCGGUAUGCGGGACAGAGCGAAUCCGGCAACAAUCAACAGGGCGGCCGACACCACAGCCGACACGUGCCGACAUUCACUCCCAAGUUCGACCUGAAGGAGACCGAGAACGCCUUCGAACUCCACGGAGAGCUGCCGGGUGUCGAUAAGGACCAGGUGCAAAUCGAGUUCACGGACCCGCAGACCAUCGUCAUCCGCGGCCGCGUCGAGCGCACCUACACAUCCGGCACCCCUCCCGCCGGCCUCCUAGAGAAGGGCCAGGAAUCCCGCGGCGCCAUCGCCGACAAGGAACACCACGAGAAGGCCCACAAGCCGACCGUCGAGGACGCCCCCGAGGAAGGCGGCAGCAAGAGCAAGGCCGUCGCCGAGACCGACAAGAACAAGGCCGCCGCCGAGCAGCACCACAAGAACCAGCAGCCCGCCCACAAGUACUGGGUCUCCGAGCGCAGCGUCGGCGAGUUCUCCCGAACCUUCCAGUUCCCCACCCGCGUCGAUACUGACAACGUCAGCGCCUCCCUCAACAACGGCAUCCUGACCGUUGUCGUCCCCAAGGCCAAGAAGCCCGAGGGCCGCCGCAUCCAGAUCAACUAAGCGGUGUCUUGUGUCUAACCAACUUUACAUUCUCUUCUUCAACUUUUUUUAAUUUGUUCUUGCUACACGUUCCUUUUUUCUCCUCCAUGGAAGGAAGAUACGACCUCACGACUUUAUUACGUUUUUUUUAACACUUAGCACGGAGUUGAUGGAAAAAAUGGGAGGGAAAAAUUGAUAGGGAUCCUUCUCAGAGGAAAGAGAAAAAAAAACUGAUGAUGAUGAUGGAUGGAUGGAUGGCCCGCAGUGGGUUUUCUUGAGCUUUUCUGGUGGUUCCUAACGAGCUGAACGACAAGUUUGCUUUUGAAGAGAUGCUUCGCUCGGGAUCAACUGUAUUGUUAUAAUCCAGAUAAUACAAAUAAAAAUUAUUAAAAAAAAUCUCUUAUUGUGUUCUGACAGAUAGAUGCCUUGGUGACUUGACUUGACUUGACUUGACUGUAAUAAUCCCCCCCUUAAUUGAUUCGGUAUAGGUCCUAAGCGGGAAUCAUACGGCGGAGGUAAGCACUCU